AUGUCGUCGUCGUACGAUUCUUCGAGAUCCCGCCGGAGGGGUGUCUGGGGCCAUUGGGUUCCUAUUGUCGUUACCCUUACCGUUGCGACCGUCGGUGUCGCUGCUUGGGCAUGGAGCCAACGGAGUAACGAACGCGAAGACGAGGAGAGCGAUGCUGAGCCGGCCGAUCUCGACUACGAAAAUGCCGAUUAUGGCGAGAACCCCCCAUAUGGCGCGACGUCGCGUCCUGCUAUCCGGCCUGACGAUGUAGGCUACGGCGUGGGAGAAAUACAUCCAGAAGCAACCGGCGUUACUGCCGGAUGGGGCUCUCGACGUACACCAAGUCCACAGCAGUUCUUCUCCAGCGCAAGCAAGACCGUUGCAGCAGGAGUGGCGGGAGUUGGCGCGGCCGUUGGUAGCGCCUUGGCUGCUAUACGGGAUGAUGAUAAGGAUGCAUAUGCCGACCACGAGACUUGGUCGGAGGAAGCCGAGGCUCGAAAGGAAAAGCCGACCCCGCCUCAGCCUAGAGACUCAACUAAGCGCCGGAAAACAGUCGCGAUCGUGGUCUCGGCAAAUACGAAUACAGAUGAUCUUGAUGCGGAAGGCUUCCACGAGCAUGCUUCUAUCCUCUCCCAUAUACCUCGCAAUAUCGAUUUCUCUAAAACUAAGCUGUUUGUCUUGAUCUACGCGCCCGGCCUCAAGGAUUCCGCCCUUGAAGCAUCGGCCAGUAACCUUCCUCCGGCAUCUUUGAGUUCAUCAUUCUCAAAUAUUGGGAAUGAGCAGAGUCAAACCCCAGGAGAGGAGGAAAAGAGCCCAAUUUCAAGCUCUAAUACGGCCAACACGCCCUUCCAAUUGGUGUAUUCACAGGCCUCGGCCUUGGUAGAAAAGGAAGCGAUGAUCUUACCGUUUACUUCCCCUAACGGUCACGUUCAUAUCCUUCGUCACCUACAACCAGAGGUAAUAUACCUUCAAGAAUCUCUAGCCGGAGACAACGGAGGUGUAAUUACCCAAUUACAGACCUGGCUUAAGUACGACGUUAUUCUUGUCGUCGGAGCUGACGAUGGUCAUGGCGGGCUCGCAGAUAGCGAGUCGGAGACCGAAAAACCGGAGAAGGAGACCGAAAAGAAGAAUGACCUAUGGUGGCAACGGGAGGAACGGGUAGGACGAGGAAGAGGAGUGGUAGUGGUGGAUAGUUUAAGGGUUGGUGACGAUUGGGCGCGGCGGGUGCAAGGUAAGGAGUGA